AUCCUGGCAUAUGCUGAUGGUGUAGUAGCAGAAUGCUGGAUGAUCUCUAAGUAUCAGAAGCUAAUCAAAGCUUUGAGCAAGAGAAGAUUAACUUCUGGUAGGAGAUCAACGUAAGAAUUUCAAUAGUAUGGUGACAGAAUUAGCGGCCUAAAGAUACUGGUAACAGGAUCAAACAACCAUCCUGUGUUUGCCCCAAUAAAUGCGAGCAGGAUUUUCUACAGGAAAACAUUUAAUUUUGCAGAUGUUCGGCUUUCAACGAUGCAAUCCCGUCCUGACCAACAGUGUUAUUCAAUAUCAACAGAAAAUCAACAAACGUGUGCGGUUCGGCCGGAGUAAAUCACUGAAAAGCAAUAACUUGCUAUGGCUAACUUAGCGGCAGCAUUUACUGGUAUUUUUACCAAAACAAGAGCGGUGGCACUACUGCAAUACACCACAGUUCGGUUCCGACGAAAACCACGCUGGCUCGGUACAGCCAAAAGCAAACUGUUCCGUGUACCGGAACGCAAGAAACAGAUCGAGGAAGAGAUUGAAGAGCUAAAGCGAUUGCACAAUAACUAUCGCACGCAGAUGAAGGCGGUUCGCAACUUUCUGCGUGACGAGGUGGAAGCAUACAAGCUAGUGUCUCGUGCCGGUCUAGUGCUACAAACGCCGGAACAGGAGGAAGCCGAAUGGCAAGAAGCGUUGCGCAGAAACGAAGAGUGGAACCAACAGACGGCUGCCAAACGCGAGGAACGUCUCACGGCGGAACGUGCGGCUCGUAAGGAAUAUAUACUGGAGAGGCUAGUGCUGAAGGAGCAAAGGGAGGCAGAUAAAAAGGAGCAGAUCGAAGCGCAGGUGCGCGUCGAGAAAGAACAGUCGAAAACGUUCAUCACGCGCGACAACAUCGAUAAGGCGAUUGAGCUGGCACUGGUACAGCCAACCUCCUUCAACUUUGCACUAGAUCGCGACGGAAAUCUGCACCGGGCGGCCGAUUCUGGUCCGAAAGAAAGCAAUCCACAGAGCUAGAUAUCCACCCGGGACUAGGAUCACCGUUUAUUUCAUGUAGAAUUCUUGAAUAAAUAUUCCCAAUCCGGGGACGCGUUCAGCUUAGCGUUGAUAGUGCCGAUGUUAAUGAUGUUA